CACAUUUGUUCCGUAAAAACACCAAAAUUCAUCCCUCACAAAAAAAGUUGCAAAGGAAGAAGUCAAACCAUUCUACCAGCAACAUCAGUCAAAAUGGGUAACAACCGAGUCACCUACCGCCGUCGCAACCCGUACAAUACCACCUCCAACAAGACCCGUGUCGUCAAGACUCCCGGUGGUCAGUUGCGAGCUCUUCACAUCAAGAAGCGAGGAACCGCCCCGAAAUGCGGUGACUGUGGUAUCAAGCUCCCCGGUAUUCCUGCCCUCCGACCCCGUGAAUACUCUCAGAUCUCCCACCCUAAGAAGACCGUCCAGCGAGCGUACGGUGGUUCAAGAUGCGGUAACUGUGUGCGAGACAGGAUCGUGCGCGCUUUCCUGAUCGAGGAGCAAAAGAUUGUCAAGAAGGUGCUGAAGGAGCAGAGCGAGGGUUCCAAGAAGAAAUAAAGUACCGAAUGACUCUGGGAUGGAAUGGUUCGGCCUUCUUUGAUUUGGUGUUCAGAGGGACAGGGCUGCAUAUCAUGCGAACGGCUACCGAAUAGCCUGUAUCUGUUUCUAGGGCUUCUAGGGCUUCUUCUCAUGAUCUAGAUGAUCGGAAUGGUAUAAACGACAUCAGGACUACCACUAUUCAUCUCAUUUCUCACAUCCACUAUGCUGUGAUACGAAUACCACGACUUAAUAGACAUAGGCUAUUUUCUAGUCUAACUUAGACCGCGUUGCCGCAACUCUCAGGGCAUGUCCGU